AUGGAGAAUGCCUCCAAUAGUAGCCAGGGGUCCUUAGAGCCGCCGGGUGCGGGAAGUCGCUGGAAGGUGCUUGCCGGGUGCUUGCUGGCCCUGCUGGUGCUGAGCACCCUGGUGGGCAACGCCCUCGUGUGCCUGGCCGUCCUUCGGUUCCACCACUUGCGCUCCAAGGUCACCAACUGGUUCGUGCUGUCGCUGGCGGCGUCCGACCUUUGCGUGGCACUGCUGGUGAUGCCUUGGAAGGCGGUCAGCGAGGUGGCAGGGGGCCUGUGGCUCUUCGGCUCCCGCUUCUGCGACACCUGGGUUGCCUUUGACAUCAUGUGCUCCACAGCUUCCAUCCUUCACCUCUGCAUCAUCAGCCUGGAUCGCUACUGGGCCAUCGCCAGCCCCUUCCGCUACGAGCAGCGCAUGACGCGGUGCUUCGCCUCCACCAUGAUCGCCCUCGCCUGGACUCUCUCUGUUCUCAUUUCUUUCAUCCCCGUCCAGCUCCACUGGCAUAAAGCUGAGACAUGGGGGAGUCAAAGAACGCCAAAAGAAGGACCCCACCUCUGUGAUGCUAGUCUGAACCGCACCUAUGCCAUCACUUCCUCCCUGAUCAGCUUCUAUAUCCCGGUGGCCAUCAUGAUUGGCACCUACACGCGGAUCUACCGCAUUGCUCAAGCUCAGAUCCGUCAGAUUUCUUCUCUGGAAAGAGCAGGGGGGCUGUGCUCAGCUCAGAGGAAAGGGCCCGUCACUGCCUUGAAGAGUUCCCUGCGCAAGGAAACCAAGGUACUCCAGACUUUGUCUGUCAUCGUGGGGGUCUUUGUUUGCUGCUGGCUGCCGUUCUUCCUGCUCAACUGUCUGUUGCCAUUUUGUGAACCAAAGUCUGGCAGCAGGAGUCCUGGGCAACUCCCUUGCGUCAGCCAAACGACUUUCAACGUCUUCAUGUGGUUUGGCUGGGCCAACUCUUCCAUCAACCCAGUCAUCUAUGCUUUUAAUGCAGACUUCCGGAGAGCCUUCAGCAAUCUGCUAGGCUGCCCUUACCUUCCUUACCGGGCUGCUAAAAGCUCCACUGCUAAAAGAGCAAAUUUCCAGCUCGUUGCUCACCAUGGGUUCUACCAGAAGGAUGGAGAAGUCCCUGUUCCAUUAGCUCCACCUUCUAUUGUUGCUUGGAGUCAAUCACUGCCCCAUGCAAUGAGCUUCCAAAGGCAUGAACAGAGCCAUGGAGAACCUUUGUUAGAGAAAGGGGCAUUGCUAUCAUGUCAAGUUGAUCACAGAAGCAAUACCAGAAACCUUAAUCUACCAACAUUAUUGCCCUUUGAGUGUGAGACUGGGGUUUCUUUGGGGAACGUCACUACAUUUACAGGGAUUACUGAACACAUAUGA